GGUGAAGAAGGACCACGUGGUAUCCAAGGUUUCUUUGGAGCAAAUGGAAAACCUGGUAGAGAUGGUGAUGACGGUGCUUCGGGAGAAACUGGUGAACCUGGAUCACCAGGUUUUGAUGGAGAAGACGGUGAAGAUGGAGCUGCUGGUAUUAUUGGAGUCGAGGGGGAGAGAGGUCCUCUUGGAUCAAAGGAAACGAUGGACGCGACGGAGCUGAGGGCCCAGAAGGUUCAGUUGGGUUUCCCGGAAGAAAUGGUGGCGAAGGAGAUAAGGGUAUGUUAGGUGAUGUUGGUGAGAUAGGAAUUGAUGGAGAGAGUGGUGAGCCUGGAUCGCAAGGAGCACCUGGACCAGACGGAGAUGCUGGUGCGAGUGGCAGGAAAGGUAGCCAAGGAGAUAGUGGCCAAGAUGGAGCUCAAGGUGGACCAGGUGUUGCUGGAGCUCAAGGACCAUCUGGAGGACCAGGAGAACAGGGUCCUCCUGGUGAUGCAGGAGCUGUUGGCCGUCGUGGAGCAAGUGGACAAACUGGUUCUCCUGGAGCUGAAGGUAAACGUGGUAAGCCUGGUAAGAGUGGAAAAAAUGGUAAUCCUGGAGUUGCUGGUGACGUUGGGGAACCUGGACCACGUGGUAGAAAGGGUGUAAGUGGGGACAGAGGUGAUGCUGGCGCACUUGGAAAAGAUGGAAAAAUGGGUCCAAGCGGUAUUGCUGGACCUGUUGGAGCAACUGGAAAUCCUGGUCGGCAGGGGAUUCAAGGUGCUGCAGGUGAAGCUGGUUUAAUUGGUGAGGCAGGAAGACCGGGUUCAACUGGUGAUAUAGGUGCUGAAGGUGAACCUGGAGAACGUGGUGUCAAAGGAAGUGAUGGAAAACUUGGUUCAAAAGGUGUAAGAGGUGAUGUCGGUGAUGAGGGGCAGAUCGGACCUUUGGGUGAAAACGGACCUGAAGGUUAUGCUGGAGCUAAGGGCCAAUCUGGAGCUCCAGGUUUAAGUGGGCUUGCUGGUGCCUAUGGAGAUAAGGGCGUUAGUGGUGAGAAAGGUGAAACAGGUGAUAUUGGUAUUACUGGGCCCAUGGGUGAACGUGGCGUAGAUGGUGUCAAAGGCGAGCCUGGUGGUUUUGCAAUAGGUGGAGUGCCUGGUGUAUUGGGUGUACCUGGUUCUCCUGGUGAGAUUGGUGAGACGGGCGAACCAGGAGCGCCUGGGGAACCUGGUCCCUCUGGAGAAUCUGGUGCUGAGGGUGAAAAGGGAUCUUCUGGCUCAAAUGGACGCAGUGGACCCGGUGGAGACCAGGGAUUGGCAGGAGCCAAAGGUGUUUCUGGAAUGGAAGGUCCGUCUGGAUCUGAUGGUCCAGAUGGAUUAACUGGGAGACCUGGUGCACAGGGACUAAAUGGUGAUAAGGGUGAAUCUGGUAAUGUAGGAGUGGCAGGAUCAGCAGGCUCACCUGGAACAGUCGGUCCCUCUGGUGCUAAAGGAUACAGAGGUGAAAAAGGUGACAUUGGUGAGCAGGGUAUGGAAGGACCAGAAGGAGAUGUAGGUGAAAUUGGAGAAGAAGGAGUUAAGGGUUACAAAGGUUCUGUUGGUGCAUCUGGGGAUGCUGGUACUAAUGGAGCUCCGGGUGCUAAAGGUGAACCUGGAUCAGAAGGUCGUCCCGGAAUGCAUGGUUCAUACGGUGCUAAAGGUGAUUCUGGUGGCCCAGGAGAGCCUGGCCUGAAAGGACCACAGGGUAAUCCUGGUUUCCUUGGUCCUAUUGGUGAUGAAGGUAUUCGCGGCAAAGAGGGAAUCCCUGGGUCUGUGGGAAUGAAUGGACCAAUUGGUGAUGCUGGACCAAAAGGUGUUGCCGGCCGUCAAGGUCCACCAGGUCCUCCAGGUCCUCCUGGCUCAUCAGCAAGUCAGGGAGUAGGAGCAGCGUUUGGUGUUGGGGAGUCAUUAUCAUCACAGAAGGGGCCUUCUCCAAGUGAAUAUUAUCGAAGUCGUGUGAAGAAAAUCCUAUCUUCGAUGAAGACAAAUCCUUUGGACCUGGAAAAACAUGAACCAAUUGAAGAAAUCGUCGCCAUUAUGGAUGACAUUGAUUUGAUUCGUAAACCAGAUGGCAGCAAAAAAUAUCCUGCUCUUACCUGUAAAAAUCUCUUUAAAGACCAUCCACAUCUUAGUAGUGGCGAGUAUUGGAUAGAUCCUAAUGGUGGUCUUCGCAACGAUGCUGUCUUAGCUUACUGUCACUUUGAAAGUCUCUCUUCUUGUGUUUCGCCCAAAGAUUUAAAAGUCGAGAAGAAAAGCUGGUAUGAAGGAAAGAGUCGUUAUAUUUGGUUUGCUGAUGAGCUAAAGGAAAAUGAUAUGGUGAAAUAUCUUGUUGAUGGCAGUCAAAUUCGCUUUCUACAAAUAUUGUCAGCCAAGGGAUGGCAAAACAUAACAUACCAUUGCCGUAACUCUGCAGCGUGGACAAAUGAACAUAAUAAUAAGGAUAAUUCAAUAAAAUUGCGUGGGGACAAUGGAAUGGAGUAUCAUGCUCUUAGUGCAAAGAAAUUCCGACCCGUUGUCAUAAAAGAUGAAUGUAAUAAGAAAGAUGGUAAAUGGCACGAGACUACAGUUCAUGUGUACACAUCAAACACAGCGCGUCUUCCCAUUCGUGACAUCGCCGUUUAUGACAUUGGCAAAAAAGGUCAACAGUUUGGAGUGGAAUUUGGUGCAGCUUGUUUUGCAUAAAAGAAAACAUUGACGGACUUAAAACAAAGGUACAAUACGCUAAACUUCUUUUUAUUAAGUUAGUAGUAGCAAACUUUUCAAUGAAGAAAUAAAAAUCUAAGAUAAACGUA